AUACGCCGUGUUCAACUGUCAUUGGUGGUUGUGUUGUCUCGUCUGGAGGAUGAGUUUUACUGUCCGAAAUCUGUAAAGUUUUCGUUUGAAUUCACAAAAUAUUAACUUGAAAAGCAUGACCACAUUUAAUUUCUUUAGUAAUUGUCCUGUAGAUAAUUAAACAAAUCCUUUUUCAAAGAGCAGGGGAGCGGAUACUCGUACACGAUGAAAGCCACCGGCUUUAGGUUUUCCUUAUUUUUAGUAGCAUACGUCUUUGUUGGUUUGGUUUCGAGUGAUGAGACUUCAAAACCAUAUGAGAAGAAGUCGAAGUCCGUGACUUCGUUCGUUAGUGCAAAAUGGGAAGCUACACCUAUAGUGUUAGAGCUUGCUGAAUAUCUGGCAGGCGAAAGUACCGAUUUAUUCUGGUCCUUCUUUGAUGGAAUUAACUCACUGAAAUCUAGUCUGGAUACUUUAGAGACUGACAAGGAAGUAUAUGAUGCCUGUAUUGGUGUUGCAAGUACCUUAUUGGCACCUGCUCAGCUCCGUAUGGCCAAACUUGCUCUCUCAAUGCAUCUGAACUCUCCUACCGUCAGAAUGUUUGAUCAAAUUGCAUCUCAAAGUGGAGCAAAAGAGGUCCAAUGUGAUGCGUUUGUGUCAAUAGCAUCAAGAAAAAUCUGUGAUAAUGAUGCAUUAAGAGACACUCUUAAAGCAUAUAAACAGUAUGAUGUGGAAGAGCAUAAGCAAGAGACAUAUUUGUUGGACCACUCAUACCCCAGCAGUGAUAACAAGAGCCUUACAGCUAUUUUAUAUGGGGAGCUUGGAAUGAAAGACUUCACAGCAAAGCACAAGAUCCUGUCUACUUAUGCUGAUAAUGGUGCAAUCAACUAUGUUGUGAGGUGGAAUGUUAAGCCUCGAGGAAAGGCCAAGUUACGUUUAUCUGGCUAUGGAGUUGAGUUACAACUGAAGAGCACAGAGUACAAGAGUCAGGAUGACUCAACGCCGAAGGAAUCGGAAGACGGAGAGUCGUCAAGCGCGCCUUCGGAAGAAGAAGAUGAGAACGACCCACAGAACCAAAUCGAUGGAUUCAACUUUGGCAGACUUAAAAAUCUAUUUCCUGGUCUUCGUUCACCACUGGAACGUUUCCGCCGUCAUUUAUCUGAAUCAAACGAAGAGAUCGCAGCCCUGAAGGUGUGGCAGAUGCAAGCUCUGAGCAUGCAAGCCGCAGUGGCUGUAGUUGACGCCAACGACGCCGGAGGCGACGAGGCCUUGAAAGUGCUUAUGUCUAUCGCCCAAAAUUUCCCCAUGCAGACCAAGUCACUUAUCCACGUAAAUGUUCCUCAAUCAUUCCGCGACGAGGUUUUAUAUAAUCAAGAUAUAUGGGCGUCGUCACUGGGGCUUCGUCCCGCGGAACCACUAUUACUUGUGUCUGGAGCUCAGUAUGACGCCGAAGAAGUCGAUGUGAUGGCACUUCUCACAGCACUCAAAGAAGACAUUGGUCCUAUGAAUACUUUGCAUGCACUUGGGUUGUCUAAAAAGUUAAUCAACACUCUGCUGUCACUGGAGCUGGGUGAGUCCUACUCAUGGGAGGAGUACGGGCUGGACAUCCGCGACACAGCCAUCACGUGGCUCAACGACCUGGAAAGCGACGAGCGCUACCGCCGCUGGCCGUCAUCCUACAUGGAACUACUCAGGCCUACAUACCCGGGCAUGCUGAGGAAUUUAAGGAGAAACAUAUACAAUUAUAUAAUCGUGGUAGACCCAACUUCGACCGCAUCUGGGCCUCCUCUGAAGCUGGGCGAGACGUUGUUGAAGCACGCGACGCCGGUGCGCGUCGGUUUAGUGCUAGCUCCGAACACUGAGAACCCGGCGUUGGAAGCCGCCGUCCGUUCUGCCUUCAAUUAUGUCGCACAGGAGAAGAACUCUAAUAAGGAAGCCUAUUACUUCCUCACACAGUUACUACACCCGACGAAAGACGAAAAGCUAGACUUGGAGUUUGUAAAGAAACAAUUGAAUAAAUACACAAGUUCUAAUGCUGAUAUCGACGAGAUCAUCUCUGAAGACUCGGAAUACAAUUUCGGAAGACAAUUGUCUGAAGAAUUUGUUACCAAGAUUGGCAGUAGUAAGUACCCACAGGUAUUGAUAAACGGCGUGCCACUCGUUGAAGAAGGUCAGUCACCGGUGACGUCAUCGGUGGAGCUUUUAGAGGAAGCUCUGGUGACCGCUCUGUCGCGACACACGGGCCGACUGCAGCGCGCGGUCUUCCGCGGCGAACUGGCCGACACUGACGAUGCUCUCAACUAUCUUAUGAAGCAGUCACACAUUAUGCCCAGACUGAACCAGCGUAUUUUGGCCUCGGAACCCUCCCAAUACCUGGACUUAUCAGGAGUUCCAUCUUCCCACGAAUUAUUCGCUGAAGACAAAAUACACCGGCUAUUGCACUUGACUGGUCGUGACGCACUGGCAACUGCUUUACCUUUGCUCAAGUACUUCGCCAAGUCUGGUAAGACAGAGAAGAUCACUCAAACUAUCUGGGUAGCUGGAGAUCUCAACAAUGCAGAGUCUAGGGAACUGCUGAAAAACGCUUUGACGUUUAUGAAAGAAUCCCGCGGUGUCCGAGUAGCCUUCAUUCCUAACAUAGAUGGCGCGGCCAAAUCAGAUCAGUCGCUUAACAAGGUGGCGCUAGCAGCUCUUAUCACGCUGUCACCUUCGGAAGCUACCGCCUACAUGACCAAACUCCUUGAAGACGAGGGAUGCCACGAGAAAGAAAACUGUGAUAUAUUGCCGGCCCUGGUCCCUGCGCUGAACAAGUACGAGUGGGUGCUGAAGGCGUCGCGCGUGUUGUGCGCGCGCAGCUUCAAGCUCCGCGGCGGCGCGCGCGCGCUCGUGCACAACGCGCGGCUCAUCGGCCCGCUGCACAGCCACGAGCGGUUCACACUCGACGACCUCGCGCUACUUGAGAGGUACAGCAACCAGAUGUACGCUGACAAACUUUCUGAAGUAUUGGAUAGUAAGAAGAAAUCGAAAGAUUCGAAUUCAAUUUUCGAAGAUGACGACGAUGAGUACGAGAGCAAGCAGCUGAGUACGGAGGAGCGUCUGAAGGUGGUGACAGUAGUGGCGGCGCGCAGCCCGCGCGUACGCACGCAGCUGCCGCCCGGACUGCGCACGCAGCACUCGCUCGUGGACCUGCCGCCGCUCAGGGACAACGAGGCCGCCAUCGAGAUUAUAGCUGUUUUGGACCCCGCGUCGACGGCGGCGCAGCGUCUCGCACCAUUGUUGCUAGUUUUACGACAUGUUGUCAACUGCCGGAUCAAGCUGUUCGUCAACCCGCAGGACAAGAACUCUGAUAUGCCUCUCAAAAGUUUCUACCGCUACGUGUUGGAACCCGAGCUGCAGUUCACGAGCGCGGGCGCCCUGACGGGCGGGGCGCUCGCGCGCUUCGCCCGCCUGCCGCACGCGCCGCUACUGUCGCUGGAACUGCGCACGCCGCCCAACUGGCUCGUCGAGUGCGUCAAGUCCGUCUACGAUCUCGACAACAUACGUCUUGCUGAUGUCGACACACUCGUGCAUAGUGAGUUCGAGUUAGAAUACUUGUUGCUGGAGGGCCACGCGUGGGACCCGACGCUGGGCACGCCGCCGCGCGGUCUACAGCUGGUGCUGGGCACCCGUGAUAAGCCCGAGCGUAUGGACACCAUCGUGAUGGCCAACCUCGGCUACUUCCAGCUCAAAGCCAACCCUGGCGCCUGGCUGCUGCGCCUGCGACCAGGACGCUCCGAAGACAUCUACGAAAUUGUUGGUCACGAGAACACCGACACGCCGGCAGGCAGCCAGGAUAUCCAAGUGUUGAUGAGUUCGUUCCGAAGUCACGUGAUCAAGCUGCGGGUCAGCAAGAAGCCCGACAAGCAACACCUCGACCUGCUCGUGGAAAACGACGAUAAGAACUCCGGAGGCAUUUGGAACUCUAUUGCAAGUUCGUUUGGCGGCGGCGACGAGCAGGAGGCACAAGACGAGACUAUCAACGUGUUCUCAGUCGCGUCGGGACACUUGUACGAGAGGUUCCUACGUAUCAUGAUGCUGUCCGUGCUCAAGAACACCAAGUCUCCCGUCAAGUUCUGGUUCCUAAAGAACUAUCUCAGUCCUUCACUUAAAGACAUAUUACCGUACAUGGCUCAAGAGUAUGGCUUCGAGUACGAGCUGGUGCAGUACCAGUGGCCGCGCUGGCUGCAGAAGCAGCGCGACCGCCAGCGCACCAUCUGGGGAUACAAAAUCCUGUUCCUCGACGUGUUAUUCCCGCUGCAUGUCAAGAAAAUCAUUUUCGUUGAUGCCGAUCAGAUUGUUCGGGCGGACUUGAAAGAGCUAGUGGACUUAGACCUUGGUGGCGCCCCCUACGGUUACACGCCCUUCUGUGACAGCAGGAAAGAGAUGGAAGGAUUUAGGUUCUGGAAGCAAGGCUACUGGCGCAACCACCUGCAGGGCCGCAGCUACCACAUCAGCGCGCUGUACGUGGUGGACCUGAAGCGUUUCCGCCGCAUCGCCGCCGGAGACCGCCUGCGAGGACAGUACCAGGCGCUCAGCCAGGACCCCAACAGUCUCUCUAACUUAGAUCAAGACUUGCCAAACAACAUGAUUCAUCAAGUAGCCAUCAAGUCACUGCCACAGGAGUGGUUGUGGUGUGAAACCUGGUGCGACAAUAACUCUAAAGCAUACGCCAAGACUAUCGAUUUGUGUAACAACCCGAUGACGAAAGAGGCGAAGCUGUCGGCGGCGAUGCGCAUCGUGCCGGAGUGGAGCCAGUACGACGACGAGGUGAAGGCGCUGCAGGCGCGCGUGCGCCGCGGACUCUACCAGGCCGCCGACCACGAACAGGAAAUCGAGAGUACUGAUCAUGAAGAGACUCCAGUUAGCCAACAAAAACACGAUGAACACUCGGAGUUAUGAUGAACUAAAGUAAUAAUAAUAUAAUUAGUCUAUUCCAAUUUGUUGAGUGAUGAGUUGAGUCUGAGUGAAUGUGUAAGUAGAGAAUUGCUCACUAUAUCCGUAUAGCUCAGCGUUUUAUAGAGCUGAUCUAUUGAAUUUCAGCAGUAACCGCAAUAUUUGAAUUCUAUUCCGCAUUUCAAGUAAAAGCUAUCGAAAUUUCGCCAGUUUCUUAUAUUACAUUUCUUGUAAGUAAAUGCAAAAAAUAAGUCCUAUAUAGAUUUCCAAUUGUUUUGAUUUCCUAACUUGCUAUAAAUUUUGUGCGUUGUAUUAAAAUAAUGCUUAACUUUGAACAAAUCCAAAUUCUACUGGAUCAAGUCCUCCUGACCUGACUAACGAUGCCAUAUUCAUUAUUCUGUAAAUCGUUACGUCGCAUAUUUAUGUAUUUCACUUCACCGCAUCAGUAAAGCAACAUUACCACCAGUUAUAUCAUAAGUAAAAAUGAUGUGAUUUUUAGUUAUUAAGUGAAGGGGUUUUGUAUUUGUUGUACCUAAAUCCUAAGUUACGAGAAUUUAUUUUUCUAUUUCCAGUCAAAUUCCAAAUUCAUGUUAGUUUUAGUUGUAAACUACUGUCUAUGUUAAUACUAUUAUUGAUCCAGUCAGGGGUCCUAUUGCCACCUCUAUUAUUGCAGUUUCGGAAACAUGGCCGCCGCUACAAUAUGUAGAGCGGCUCUUUUUUUUAAACCACUAUAAUAUUACUUCUGAGAGGUGGUAGUAAGCCCCCAGAUCUCACAUGUUAGUGAAUUGAAUACAUUGAUCUAUAUAGUUUUAUUGUACGUAGUUACAUUUCUGAUAUAUUUGUUGUUAUUUCUAUUGCUCAGUAGUUGCAGAGCGUGACUAUUAGAUAUUUCUUGCAUUGCUAAAAUACAAUAGUUAUGUAAAUAAACACUUACUAUUACGUCACAUUAA